UUUUCCCUUGCAGAGGGAUUCACGCUUCUUUCAUUACCCUUUUUGUCUGUCCAGAAAAUGGUCCAAGUCAGACAUCAUUUACUAGGUACGGCGGUAUCAAUUCUCUACGUGAAUUGCAUAUGAUCAUGCUCGCUUGUCUCGCAAGCUAGAGACCCCCCCAAAAAACACAAAGUGUAAGAGAAAGAUCAUGGAAGGUUUGCUUCGGUGCUCUGCGAAUUACGUGCCUUUGACUCCCACAAGCUUCUUGGAGAGAGCGGCUUCCGUCUAUGGCGACAAGACCUCCAUUAUCUACGGCGAUACGAGGUACACAUGGAGACAGACCCACGAAAGGUGUUUGAAGCUCGCCUCCGCCCUAACGAGGCUGAAGAUCUCGCGCGGCGAUAUCGUUGCAGCCAUGGCACCGAACGUUCCUGCACUGUAUGAGCUCCACUUCGCGGUUCCGAUGGCGGGGGCGACUCUUUCCGCACUCAACGUAAGCCUUGAUGAGCACGCAUUGACGAUCAUUCUUAACCGGUUACAACCCAAGAUCAUCUUCGUCGACUCCGAGUUCGCACACCUCGUCUCCAAAGUCAUCAACGACAAGAACAACACGCACCCCCAAGAAAACCACCACGAUCACAAGCCACUCCUCGUCACAAUCCACGCCGUCUCGCCGGAUCGCCAAACCCAAUGUGAUGUUGAGGUUCGAGAGUAUGAACAAACCCUAGCUACGGGAGAGAGCGAUUUCCAAGCCGUGAUUCCAGCUGAUGAGUGUGACCCCAUCUCGGUCAACUUCACUUCGGGGUCGACAGGGAUGCCCAAGGCAGUGGCGUACAGCCACCGGGCGGCGUACUUGAACUCUCUAGGUCUAAUCCUCCGAUACGAGAUGGGGAAGUUGCCUGUGUUCCUGUGGACUGUGGACAUGUUCAGGUGCAACGGGUGGUGCUUCGUGUGGGCGAUGGCAGCGCUCGGCGGCAUCAAUGUGUGUAUUAGGAACGUGUCAGCAAAGAUCAUCUUCGAGUCCAUUCAGCUCCACAAGGUCACUCAUUUCUGUGGUAAACCCACUAUCCUAAAUAUGAUCGCUGAAUCCCCACCGGCCGACCAAAAGCCACUGCCCUCCGCUGUGGAUGUAAUCAUCGCCGGCCCGUUCCCGACGACCUGCAUCCUCAAGAGGGUCCAAGAACUUGGGUUCAACAUUAUCCACGGGUAUGGCAUGACGGAAGCCCUAGGGCCCGCCCUCAUCGGACCGUGGAGGUCAUCACAACACCACCACCAUGACCGCGAUGAUGCCGACGCCAACGACGAUCAUAACCUGAAAUGUAGAGAAGGCCUCCAUAACAUCACACUGGAAGCUGCCGAUGUCAAGGACCCGACCACCAUGCGGAGCGUUCCAAGCGACGGGGAAACAAUUGGAGAACUCAUGCUCCAAGGGAACACCCUCAUGGCGGGCUACUUGGGGGAUCUGGAGGCGACGCAGGAGGCCUUUUCUGGUGGGUGGUUCAGGACCGGGGAUGUCGGGGUGCGCCACACGGACGGUUGCAUAGAGAUGAAGGACCGAGCGAGGGACGUCAUAGUCUUUGGGAAGGAGGUGAUCAGCACAUUGGACAUAGAAGCCGUCUUGUUGAGCCACCCGAAAGUUGAAGAAGCCGCCGUUGUCGCUCAAAACGAUGUCGUUGCGGGGCAAAUUCCAUGUGCAUACGUGAAGUUGAAGGAAGGGAGGUGCUCCAACGCCGAGGAGAUUGUAGAGUUCUGCACGGAGCGGCUGCAGAAGGCGGCGAUGGUUCCGAAAUCGGUGUGCUUCGGGGACUUGCCAAUGAAUUCCACAGGGAAGGUGCAGAAGUCUGUGCUGAGAGAGAGAGCCAAUGCAAUGGGGAAGCUUUGUCCAUAGAUCGAGCACACCUUCACAAGAACCAAAAACAUCAGGGGAAUUGCUAGCAAAAGGUAAAUUUGGUAGGGAAAAUUAUCAAAAAAGUUCUAAACAUUUACAAUUGUGCCAAUUCAAUUCUAAACUUUUUUUUUAAUC